AUGAGCGACGCCUACGAGCGAGAACAACAAAACAAUGCCCUCCUCAACUCGCUAGCCCAGAAGACGUCGGCGCUGAAGUCGGUCACGAUCGACAUCUACGACAAUGCCCGGAAUCAGGAAACGAUCGAUAGCACGAACGAGGUCUUUUCGUCCCUCUCAACGAGUCUCAGAGGUAGCGCAAGCCGCUUGACCCGCGCCGCGAAACAAGGCGAUACGAUCGCUGUGUUGAAGGUCGCAACCAUCUGCGUCGCUGCAGGCGUGGGUCUUUGGGUGUUAUUGGGGUGGAUUUUCUGA